AUGAAUAUAUUUUUAACUACAAUAUCUUAUAUUUUAUUAAGCAUAUAAUUCUUGCAUAAUUGCUAUGCAUAGCAUUACACAAGUAUCUGGAAUAACAAUGUUACUAUUUAAGAUGCUUGUAUCGACGGAUAAAAGAGCACUAUUUUACUUUAAUAAAUAGAAAGUUGUCCCUUUUAAAAAAAUUAUCUUAUUAGUUUUGGUAAAAUUUGUGUUAAAUUAGCUGAAAUAUGCUUGCAAAAUGUUAAGAUAAAGCAAAUUAAUAUAAUAAAUAAGAGCUUUUUAAACAUAAGUAAUUUAUAUAGUUAUAAUGACUCAUUUUCUAAUUCUACUUAAGGUUUAAUUGCACAUUCAUUCUUAACAGGAUUUUCUUAAGAGAACAGUUCUCCAUUUUAUAUAAACACACUUCCAAUAGCAAAUUCUUCUAACUCAUUUAAUUUUACUUUUCUAUUUUCAUAAUUGCCUAUGGAAUUAGAUAUAAAUUAUAUAAGCUACCCACGCGAAUAAUACUAACCUAAACCAGACCUAUAUUAUAGAAUAUUCUCUCAACUUAAAACCUAUUUUGUUACUUCUCAGGCUAAUUAUUCUUAAUUCAACUAAAAAAUUAAUAAUAUAGAAUACACUUGUUGGAUUUACAAAAAUUUUACACUGGGAACUGAUUUAAAUAACACAUUGUAUGGGAUUUCAGGCAUUUAAACUGAUAAUGAUAAGCAGAUUAGUUUUAACGAUGCUUGUAUUUCUCAAUGUCCUGAUGGAUAUUUCAAAGCUUAAGAUUCAAUUAGGAAUAUUUUUAUAUGUUCUCCUUGCGAUUCAUCUUGCAACAUCUGCGUUGGACCGUCAUAAACCUAAUGUUGUACUUCUACUUAAUAAUUUCUUUAUAAUAACCUAUGUUAAACAGAAUUCCCAUUAUAAACUAAUUGCUAAUAUGUAAAUGACAACCUUUACAAUUGUUAAAAAUGUAAAUCUACAUGCAAAAACUACUGCGAUGCUAAUGGAUAAUGUCUAAGCUCCUGCCAAAUAAAAAAUUCCCAAUUAAUUUGCACAUGUGAAAAUUCAUCUUACUAUUACAAUAUUCUGCAAAGAAUAUGUAUUCUUCGUCCCUAAUAAAAAAACUGUUAGUCUGUAAGUUAAAAUAGUCCCGAAUGCGUAGUCUGCGAUUAAGGUUAUUUUCUGCACCAAGGAAUCUGCACUUUUUGCGCCAAUGGUAAGUACGCAAAUUCAGAUAAUCAAUGUCUCUAAACUUGCCCUAAAUAUUGUAUCAUAUGUCGAAAUAGUACAACAUGCUAAUAAUACGAUGAAACAGUACCAUGUCAUAUAAACUGCUCUACUUGUUCUAAGCCUGGAUCUUAGAAUUCAUGCACUUCUUGCAAAUCAAAAACUCGAUAACUAAAUAAUUAAACAAAUACAUGCGACUGUAUUGAAGGAUACUAAGAAUCAGAAAAAUAAGAUUGUGAACUAAUUCCAAGUCCAAUUAGCAAUAAUAUUGCGAAUUUCUUAAUAAAAUACUUGCAAGCAUCUAUAGGCAUUUAACUACCUCUGAUUUUGAUGCCAAUUUAAUCAUUCUUAAGCUAUUCAGUACUUCUUCAACAAUAAAUUGGAAUUCUAAGCCUUAAAUAAAUAGUAGUAGCUGGUAGGUUUCUAACCACAUUUGGAAUAUUUAUGAUAAUAUCUUACUUCUUUUCUCUUAGUAAUUAAGAUCAGAGUUCUUCAAAAAUAUUUGUUAAAAGUCAAAACUAAAACUUUAUAUUUGGUUUUCUCUAGAAGUAAGAAAAAUAUGUGCAACAAUUCUUAAUAUUUGUCAUAGUAUAGAUUUACUUCAAAAUUUUCGAGUAAAAAAUUAAGAGAGCUUAUGUAAUACUAUCAGAAAUAUUAUUCAUGAUGAUGCUUACAAUUACAGUAGCAUUUUUAAAUAAAUAAUAAACAUAAGAAUAAUAUUUUAAUAACUUAAUCUAUGCUCAACUAACAUUAGAAGUCACCUCAUAGAAUUAAAACACAAGCUUAACCAUGAAUUUUCCUAAAGAAAUUGAAUUUUCUGACAUAGAAUAAAUAUUGAAAACUGGCCAAUAGUUUCAUAACUCUUUGUAAUGGUAAAGGAAAGAAAUUGAAGCUGAAUAAGAAGGUAGUUGCUUGCUUUCUGAAAUUGGAGAUUGUACGCUUAAAGAUAAAUACAAAUAAUAAUGA